CCGGGCUGAGGGGCGGGACGCGCGGUAGAGCCAAACGGGUGAGAGUGCGAUCAUGGCAGCUGCUGAGGAGCCGAAGCCCAAAAAGCUGAAGGUGGAAGCGCCGCCAGCGCUGAGUGAAAAUGUGCUGUUUGGCAUGGGAAAUCCUCUUCUUGACAUCUCUGCUGUAGUAGACAAAGAUUUCCUUGAUAAGUAUUCUCUGAAGCCAAAUGAUCAGAUCUUGGCUGAAGACAAGCACAAGGAAUUGUUUGAUGAACUUGUAAAAAAAUUCAAAGUUGAAUAUCAUGCUGGUGGCUCUACCCAGAAUUCAAUUAAAGUGGCUCAGUGGAUGAUUCAGGAGCCCCACAAGGCAGCAACAUUCUUUGGAUGCAUUGGGAUAGAUAAAUUUGGGGAGAUCCUGAAGAGUAAAGCUGCUGAAGCACAUGUGGAUGCUCAUUACUACGAGCAGAAUGAGCAGCCAACCGGAACCUGCGCUGCAUGCAUCACUGGUGGCAACAGGUCUCUUGUUGCAAACCUUGCUGCUGCUAAUUGUUACAAAAAGGAAAAGCAUCUUGAUCUGGAGAAGAACUGGCUGCUGGUGGAGAAGGCCAGAGUGUACUACAUAGCCGGCUUUUUUCUUACAGUGUCCCCAGAGUCAGUAUUGAAAGUGGCUCGCUAUGCUGCUGAGAACAACAAGGUCUUCACUCUGAAUUUGUCUGCACCGUUUAUUAGCCAGUUCUUCAAGGGAUCCUUGAUGGACGUCAUGCCUUAUGUUGACAUCCUCUUUGGAAAUGAGACGGAAGCUGCCACUUUUGCUAGAGAGCAAGGCUUUGAGCUUCCAAAGGUGAACGUGAAGAGGAAGAGGACCGUGAUCUUCACGCAAGGGAGAGAUGACACCAUAGUGGCUACAGAAAAUGAAGUCACUGCUUUUGCUGUUUUGGAUCAAAACCAGAAAGAAAUCAUUGACACCAAUGGAGCCGGAGAUGCAUUUGUUGGAGGGUUUCUCUCACAACUGGUCUAUGACAAGCCCCUGACCGAAUGCAUCCGCGCCGGCCACUAUGCAGCAAGUGUCAUCAUUAGGCGAACGGGCUGUACCUUCCCCGAGAAGCCCGACUUCCACUGAUGGAAGACAGAAACCUCAGGCUGUAGUGGCCGUGUCCUGACCGUCUGCCGCAAGAAAGAAUAAACUCAUCUGCUGUCUCUGCCAACUAUGAAACCAUGAUUCUCAUUCUUAAUUUAGAGGGCUCAGUACUGCUCCUAGAACCUCUAGUCUCUGAAAUCUGAGGGAAAAUGUUUAUUUCCAUAGUUUGUUAGUGCUACGUAAAUAUCUAACAGCAUCACAAUAUUUCAAUAGAAACUUUUAUUUCAUUUUUGAUUGUUUGUAAUUUCAUCUGUAUUUAGUAAAUUGAUCGUUUUUUUUUUUUUACAUUUCUGCUUUCAAUACAGGUGCAAUUUAAUAUAAUAGACUUUUAAAAGAAAUUAAUGCUAACAUCAUUCUUGAGCUUUUUAUAGAAAUAUAUUUAAUUUGGAAGUGUGUAUGCACACACGUCUCAUAUAUAUACAUAUAUACAUAUAUGUAUGUGUGUAUAUAUAUCUAUAUAUAUCUGAUAACUAGUCAAAUAAGGUACAGGAAUGUUUAUCACACCAAAUUACUCGCUAUCAGCUCUUCAGUGGGCCCAGACAUGUGAGGGCCGUGGACAAAUGCGGCCCCCAACUUUUGCAUCAUGUUCCAUGUUACUCAGAUUGUACCCUUUUGCCUCCUGAUGGUACUCUGUAAUUUGAUACAAAUAAACUGCCAUAGAGGAAUCUUUUCUGUCUUGACCUAUGCUCAAUAAAACUAAGGAAGAAAUUGUUGUAGUA